AUGAUACCAAUGGCAACGAAGCCGGGCAUCAGCGCAGACACCGCGGACGACAGGCGAGGAUCUGCCAGGGACCGCAGGAAGGGCUUUACCCGGGGAGGAAUCCGGAGUUCCGAAGGACAGCGUCGUUCACUCAAGCCUCCAACAAAAACAAUCCCAACGCAACCCCCAAACGCAUCCCCAACGCAACCCGAACGCAACCCUCAACGCAACCCUCAACGCAACCUCCAAACGCAACCCUCAACGCAUCCUCCAAACGCAACCCUAAACGCAACCUCCAACGCAACCUCCAAACGCAACCCUCAACGCAACCUCCAAACGCAACCCCCAAUGCAACCCCAACGCAACCCUCAACGCAACCUCCAAACGCAACCCCCAACGCAACCUCCAAACGCAACCCCCAACGCAACCUCCAAACGCAACCCCCAACGCAACCUCCAAACGCAACCCUCAACGCAACCUCCAAACGCAACCCCCAACGCAACCCCAACGCAACCCCCAACGCAACCUCCAAACGCAACUCUAACGCAACCUCCAAACGCAACCACAACGCAACCCCAACGCAACCCCAACGCAACCUCCAAACGUAACUCUAACGCAACCCCCAACGCAACCCCAACGCAACCUCCAAACGUAACUCUAACGCAACCCCCAACGCAACCUCCAAACGUAACUCUAACGCAACCCCCAAACGCAACCCAACGCAAUCCCAACGCAACCUCCAAACCAACCCCCAACAACAACCCCAAGACCUUAGUAGCAACCUCUGCCAACCUCUGUCGCGAGGAGGAAGGAGGGACGCCGGCAACCUUCAACCUCGACGCCAUCUUGCCGUUUUUGGCGCCGAGGGAAGAGCUUACCUGUCCGCCGCUGGUGCCGACUGUGUCAUCACAUGCGCAAAAGCAGGUACAUUGGAGCGUUUAA